AUGGUCGGCUGCAAUCUCUUGACUCUCGCCCUGCUGGUUCCCGCAGCAGUCUCGUCUGCUAUUCAUCCCGGGGUCCAUCGCCGACAGUCGGGACUUGAUGGAUUUGUCAAAUCCGAGUCUUCAAUUUCACUUCAAGGCAUUCUGAACAAUAUCGGUGCCGAUGGCUCUGCUGUUUCCGGGGCAUCUGCUGGGGUUGUUGUCGCUUCACCCUCGAAAACCAACCCUAAUUACUUUUAUUCAUGGACUCGUGAUGCCGCCUUGACACUCAAAGUAUUGAUUGACCAAUUCAUCGCAGGGGAUAGUACCCUCGAAACGGUCAUCCAGCAGUACAUUUCCACCCAGGCCAAGCUACAGGCCGUUUCGAACCCAUCGGGAGAUCUAUCAAACGGAGCAGGCCUUGGAGAACCCAAGUUCGAGACGAAUGUGACAGCCUUCACAGGAGACUGGGGUCGACCACAACGCGACGGACCAGCCCUCCGAGCAACAGCGCUCAUCGCAUACGGAAACCACCUCCUCUCUUCCGGAAAACAGUCAGUCGUCAAGUCGAACAUCUGGCCCAUCGUGCAAAACGACCUCAACUACGUGGCCCAAUACUGGAACCAGACCGGGUUUGAUCUGUGGGAGGAAGUUCAAGGAUCAUCCUUCUUCACCAUCGCCGCACAACACCGCGCUUUGGUUGAGGGGACCGCAUUCGCUAAAUCGCUCGGUGAGUCUUGCGAUGGUUGUGACUCCCAGGCCCCGCAGGUCCUUUGCUUUCUCCAGGAUUUCUGGAAUGGCAAGGCUGUCAUCUCCAACCUGGCCAAUAAUGGUCGCUCCGGGUUGGAUGUCAACUCCAUCCUCAGCUCGAUCCAGACCUUCGACCCCAGUGCUACUUGUGAUGAUAGCACUUUCCAGCCAUGCUCUGCUCGGGCACUCCUCGCUCACAAGGCGGUAGUUGAUUCUUUCCGAUCCAUCUAUAAGGUCAACAGUGGUAAAGAGGCAGGCAGUGCCGUGGCUAUUGGUCGCUAUGCAGAAGAUACUUACCAAGGAGGCAACCCCUGGUACCUUGCCACUUUAGCCGCCGCCGAACAACUCUACGACGCUCUCUACCAGUGGAAGCAACAAGGAUCGCUGGCCAUCACACAGACCAGUCUACCUUUCUUCCAGGAUCUGGACUCGACUGCUCGCGUGGGCAAUUACUCCAGCUCCUCGUCAACCUAUUCCUCCCUCACCGGAGCCGUCCAGACAUAUGCGGAUGGAUUUUUCUCGAUUGUUCAGCAGUAUACUCCCAGCAAUGGGUCACUGGCGGAGCAAUUUAGCCGGGACGAUGGCACCGCAAUCUCUGCGCGCGAUCUGACUUGGUCUUAUGCGGCCUUCUUGACAGCUUCUGACCGUCGCAGUGGCACUGUUCCUGCGAGUUGGGGAGCAUCUGGUGCCAAUCAAGUGCCGACGCAGUGCCAGGGCAGCUCGGCCACUGGUUCUUAUUCCACUCCAACCGUGGGAUCUUGGUAG